CAUGCCUGCCAAUCUUCACCUCAUCACCUCGUUCACCCUCGGUUAGAUUCUGGGCAUUGAUGCAAUGCAUUCAUUGCCCCGGGCCUCGGCUUCACUUCUGAUUACUUCCCUCCCCCAAGUUAAAAGACAGCUGGUUACACAUCUUAAAGCUAUUUAAUCCGAGCCCGAUCAAUGUCACAUGGAAAUACCGCCCCCUCGAGAAGCUCGUUGUUGAACGAGACGCGUCGGCUACCCCAGCAUAACCAUGCUAAUUUCUACUCUUCAGUUAUGUCUCGCCCACUAUUGUGAUCUUCACGGGCCAACGCCUCUGAUGGUCACUGAAGGACUUCCCGUCCCUUGUCGCGCAUGCUUUGAGGACGAUCGGUUGUCUGAAUACACGGCCCGAGAGGCCGGCGAAAGGCCGCGCACGAGUGCCCCAACGUCUGCUGGGGAAACACGCCAAGCUUCCUCCAACACCACCUCUGAAGCCUUCCGUCGCAUGAAUUUCACCGGGUCGCCUCGCAGCUCGUCCGUCCCUGCAUCAGAACAAGAGGCGCAAACCUUCCGAGCUGCGCUUCUCCGAGCUGCACUGCCGGCUGCCGGCUCGGGCUCGGGCUCGGGCUCUGCCGUCGAAACGCCACCUCAGAGUCCCCGGCUACCCCAAGGGCUGGGCCAGCAGCAGCAGCAACAACAGCAGCAGAAGCCUCGCCACGACUCUGGUUUCCGCAGGACCUACGAUGAAUAUGUGACCCGCCGGGCAGGACCGUGCGAUAACUGCGCACUAACGUUACCGAGGCGCCAGGAGGGCGGCAGGGAGGCGGGCGCCGACUCGCGUUCAGAACGCGGCCCCACGCUACGGACACGAGCGCCGUGCGCUCGAGUCUAUGGGGAGGCUGACAAUGCCUCUCCAGCUACGUCGCAGGCCUCAUCGUCGAGCCAGUCAGAAGACGAGUCGGCGGCAACCCCGCCGCGGUCCCAUCGACGCACUGACACGGCAAUCUCAGUAGCAUCGUUCUCGAGCACCAGCUCUGCUGCCGGCGCAAACACUCACACUCACUAUCUCGACUAUACCUCAACUCACGAGCCUGUUGCGCCGACAUCUUUCUCCAUUGUACGGGCCUCCUGCCUGCGCACCCUCUCAUUGGAGACGCUUCCUCGCGCAUCUGCAACAGGGACUUCGACUGCUGGCAGUUCCAUGUCUACACCAAGUGCGUCACCCAUCACGCCCGCUUUUGUCACAACACACAGCACUGGCUCCGCCUCGUCCGGAGGCCCCAUCUUCUUCGGAGACCCUGCCGCCGGCUACACCACUGCCUACAUCUUUCGGAUUCCCGACGUGCAUGCUCGUGGUCACAAGCGCGUCUACGCCUUCCUAGCACUCAGCACACAUCGGGAGCGACUUGCUAUGAAGGCCUUCGGCUUUGUGGCCGCUGCCUUUCGUGACAUGGCAGCAUGGAUUCAGACACUGGCCGAAGCUGAGGCAGAACGCACCCUUGCCGAGUCGUCCGGCUCGGCGGCAAGUAGUCCUGUCAUGCCAGGGCCAGGCUACGGUAGUUUCCAAUCGGAGCACGCCCCCCCCACCUCGGCUGGAAGCGGCAGCAGCUUUUUGAUGGGUGGCGUGGGUGGUCUAUCAAGGCGGAUGGGCAACAGUUUUGGGGGCUCUGGAGUUGCCCUGAAGCAACGAGGACUGGCCGAACUCGUGGGCUUGCCAGACUUUUUUAUCGAACUACACGCACGGUUUGUCCGACUGUUGCUCGAACUGGGGGUUGUACUCGGCUCAUGAACCAACUCCGUGGAUCAUCUCAGCAUACCACCCUUUCGAUCGCCCCAACUUCAUGUAUAACUGAAUAACGGACCGGCGCCCCUGGUUUUGGCCCUACACUGCGGAUCGGCGCGCAUCUCAUGGAGCACAUUUUCCUGCCCAUUCUGCAGUUGCGACGGCCUGGGGUUUCCCCUUCUAGACACGAGACGCACGUGUACGAUAAUGCGUAAUGAGUAAUGACGGGUAAAAAAGUGAUAAAGGGAGGAUUUGUAUUCUUUGGACUGGAAAUAGAG